CUUCCUCUGCAUUUCCCCUCCUCCACCCACUGGGAAGCAGAGCCUCCAGUGGAUUCUCCUUUAGGGGUUCAGAGAUUGGGACCCCAAGUGCUUUGGAGGAGACAAUUGGCCUUUGACUCUGCCUGCAUGUUGAAAGCUAAACUUUCAGGAUGUAGCACUGGACUGCAUGCCCACCCCCAAGCCUGGAAAGACCUCCCCCCGAUACUCCCUCAUUAGAUGGGCAAAAUUCAGCUGUAGGAAUUUCUACCAUGAUUUAGCUGGAGUCUGAGGCUCAGUCAAAGCAGCCCCUUGACUGGUCCCCUGAAGCAACUGGAUGGUGGUCUAGAACCUCGGCCCUGCCUCCUGACAGACUUCGAGUGAAGUCUUCAGCUCCCCUGGUCCUGUGGGUGACAUCAGCUGUGAGUUAGGUAGGGCUUGGGCUUCGGCAUGUUCAUCGCAGCAGGAAACCCAGCCCCAGUCCUUGAGAGAAUAGAGCAGCAGAGAGGAGGGGGUGCCUGCUGGCUGGUGUUCACAGCUGCCACUAAAUUGGGAGGCAUUGCCUACAGUUGUUGAGAGGCUGCUGGACGCCUCUUGGGCCCCUCUUGGCCUCCCUAGAUUUAUUGCAAGCUCUGGAGCCCCAUGUUAGGGGACCAAGGGAACAAGAAACUCCUGUUUAUGGCUAUGACAGGUUAGAGCCCGGCAAUGCCGUUUGGGUGUGUGACUCUGGGCGACAAGAAGAACUAUAACCAGCCGUCAGAAGUGACUGACAGAUAUGAUUUGGGACAGGUCAUCAAGACUGAGGAGUUCUGUGAAAUCUUCCGGGCCAAGGACAAGACAACAGGCAAGCUGCACACCUGUAAGAAGUUCCAGAAGCGGGACGGCCGCAAGGUGCGGAAAGCUGCCAAGAACGAGAUAGGCAUCCUCAAGAUGGUGAAGCAUCCCAACAUCCUGCAACUGGUGGAUGUGUUUGUGACCCGCAAGGAGUAUUUCAUCUUCCUGGAGCUGGCCACGGGGAGGGAGGUGUUUGACUGGAUCCUGGACCAGGGCUACUACUCUGAGCGAGACACGAGCAACGUGGUACGGCAGGUCCUGGAGGCCGUGGCCUACUUGCACUCACUCAAGAUCGUGCACAGGAACCUCAAGCUGGAGAACCUUGUUUACUAUAACCGGCUGAAAAACUCGAAGAUUGUCAUCAGUGACUUCCAUCUGGCUAAGCUAGAAAAUGGCCUCAUCAAGGAGCCCUGUGGGACCCCCGAGUAUCUGGCCCCGGAGGUGGUAGGCCGGCAGCGGUAUGGACGCCCUGUGGACUGCUGGGCCAUUGGAGUCAUCAUGUACAUCCUGCUUUCAGGCAACCCACCUUUUUAUGAAGAGGUGGAAGAAGAUGACUAUGAGAACCAUGAUAAGAAUCUCUUCCGCAAGAUCCUGGCUGGUGACUAUGAGUUUGACUCUCCAUAUUGGGAUGAUAUUUCGCAGGCAGCCAAAGACCUGGUCACAAGGCUGAUGGAGGUGGAGCAAGACCAGCGAAUCACUGCAGAAGAGGCCAUCUCCCAUGAGUGGAUUUCUGGCAAUGCUGCUUCUGAUAAGAACAUCAAGGAUGGUGUCUGUGCCCAGAUUGAAAAGAACUUUGCCAGGGCCAAGUGGAAGAAGGCUGUCCGAGUGACCACCCUCAUGAAACGGCUCCGAGCGCCAGAGCAGUCCAGCAUGGCUGCAGCACAGUCAGCCUCAGCAGCAGACACUGCCACCCCUGGGGCUACAGGUGGGGCCACAGCUGCAGCUGUGAGUGGAGCUACCUCAGCCCCUGAGGGUGAUGCUGCUCGUGCUGCAAAGAGUGAUAAUGUGGCCCCCGCAGACCGUAGUGCCACCCCAGCCACAGAUGGAAGUGCCACUGAUGGCAGUGUCACCCCAGCCACCGAUGGAAGCAUCACCCCAGCCACUGAUGGGAGUGUCACCCCAGCCACUGACAGGAGCACUACUCCAGCCAUUGAUGGGAGAGCCACACCAGCCACAGAAGAGAGCACUGUGCCCACCACCCAAAGCAGUGCCACACUGGCCACCAAGGCAGCUGCCACCCCUGAGCCGGCUAUGGCCCAGCCGGACAGCACAGCCCCAGAGGGCGCCACAGGCCAGGCUCCACCCUCCAGUAAAGGGGAAGAGGCUGCUGGUUAUGCCCAGGAGUCUCAAAGGGAGGAGACCAGCUGAGUAGGCAGCCUGGUGAGGGGGGGCGGGGGAUGGGCAGAAGGGUGGAAGAGUGAAUGAGGGGCUUCUUGUACAUAGAGUCACUGGCAUGAUGCCCUCGCUCCCCCAUGCCCCCGCAUCCCAGUGGGGCAUACCUAGGGGUCACGGGAGAGCAGUCUCGUCUCCUGUGUGUAUGUGUGUGAGUGGUGGGCAGGCCAGAGGCAGGGCCGGCCCCAGCCCCUGCAUGGAUUCCUUGUGGCUUUUCUGUCUUCUGCUAGCUUCACCAGUUUCUGUUCCUUGUGGGAUGCUGCUCUAGGGAUACUCAGGAGGCUCCUGCUCUCCUUCCCCUUCCCUUCUUGCCUCACCAUUCCCCCAGGCAGGCCCUGCAGGUCCCACACUCUCCCAGGCCCUAAAUUUGGGUGGCCUUGCCCUGAGAGCUGGUCCUCCAGCGAGGCCCUGUCAGCGGUCUUAGGCUCCUGCACAUGAAGGUGUGUGCCUGUGGUGUGUGGGUUGCUCUAGGAGCGGAUACAGGCUGGUAUAGAGGAUGCAGAAAGGUAGGGGAGUAUGUUUAAGUCCAGACUGGGCACAUGGCUGGGGGCACUGCUUACUAGCUGUGGGGGUCCUCAGAAGUGGAAGAGAAUGAGUAGGAGGGCAGAAGCUUCCAUCUUUGUCCCUCCUAAGACCCUUGUGUUAUUUCCUGCUCUCCUGAGUCCUGCAGUGGGCUGCCUUGUAUGCUGAAUAUCAUAAGCCUCUAAGGGAAAGGAGGAACAAUUAGGAUGUGGCAAUGAGACCUGGGAGGGCAGAGUACAAGCCCAGCACCCAGUGUCCCAGACUAACUGGGUCCUUACCCUGGUCAAACAGGGAGGGCUGAUAUCCCCUUGCUCUUCUUAGAUGCCCACCCUCUACAAUCUCAGCCCACAAGUCCUCGCCACACUAGGGGGCUUGUUGCAUGGCAGUACCCCAUAAUCUGAUUUUGGGGUUUGCCCUUUAUAGGGGCAGAUUUUCUGCUCUUACUUCAACAAUGAAAUGAAGAGGAACUCCCUCUAUUUCUACAGCUCACUUCUAUCAGAGGCCCAGGUGCCUCAGAGCCACAUUGAGUUGCUUUUGCUGGGAUGAGGAAGUAGAGUUAAACUCCCUAGUUUCCUGAGGGAGAAUCCUGACAGAUGCCCUUUGUCAGACCCUAUCACAGCCUGGACAGGCAACCACAUUGGUCCUCGCCCUUGCUCGGCACUCCGUGGUGGUCCUGCCCUUCUCCCUGCAUGCCUAUGGGUCUGCUCUGGUGUGUGAAGGUCGGUGGGUUAACUGUGUGCCUGCUGAACCUGGCAAAUAAACAUCAUCCUGCAAAGCC